AUGGUAAUGGAGCUGGAGUCAAAUGAGGAGAAGAGAGAAGGCAAGGACUGCGUGCUUCGAUUCAGGAGAGAAGUGCUGAUAUUGACACCAGAUCUUAUACCCACCACUUCUACUUUGGUAGCUUCAAUCAGGGGACCAAUAAUCAAGACUCAAAGAAGGAGAAAGAUUAGAGACAAAGGGUGGUGCUAUCGGGGCAAAACUGAAACCUGUUUUGAACAAACAGAUACAGAACCAAACAAUUGA